AUGGCCGCCCCAACUGCAGUUAAAAAACAGGUCAGCGAGCCGGUCGUUACUCCCCAGACCGACGUAUCGGUGGCAGAUGAUACGGAGAUGGUUUUGAUCGACGCAGAGGUGCCGGAAACCGAAACCAAGGACGCAAAGAACCCAGAAGCAGGAAUGGUGCUUGACGAAUCAGGAAAGCCAAAGUUCCAAUCGCAGGCCACCUCGAACAUGAAGGUGAAGCUGGAGUCUCGUAAGGUGAGUGUUCCUCCGCACAGAAUGUCGCCAUUGAAGAACUCGUGGCCAAAAAUAUAUCCCCCACUGGUGGAUCAUCUCAAAUUGCAGGUGCGAAUGAACCUGAAAACCAAGAACGUGGAGCUGCGUACGUGUGCCAAAACCACCGACCCUGGAGCGUUACAGAAGGGUGCCGAUUUUAUCAAGGCGUUCACGCUGGGCUUUGAUAUCGACGACGCCAUUGCUCUGCUCCGACUAGACGACCUGUAUAUCGAGUCUUUCGAGGUGAAAGACGUCAAGACGCUUCAAGGCGACCAUCUUUCGCGUGCCAUCGGGCGUAUCGCAGGAAAAGACGGAAAGACUAAGUUUGCAAUUGAGAAUGCAACCAGAACACGUAUUGUGCUUGCAGAUUCCAAGAUCCACAUUCUGGGUGGAUUCACACAUAUCCGCAUGGCCAGAGAGGCCGUGAUGAGUCUGAUUCUGGGAAGUCCGCCGGGCAAGGUUUACGGUAAUCUGCGUACGGUCGCAUCUCGUUUGAAAGAGAGAUACUAA